GAUACCGCAGUGUAACGAUUGCUAAAAUUAGCGACAUUUAGCGCCAUUUUUGCACCAGCCAAUUGUCAAUAAGCAAAAGGGAUUCCUUGCAUGACGUAAAUUUUGUAGGGGUUUUCCAAAUUUUCCCAUGGUUCCACAUAAUAAUAUUGAAAAAUUAUUAUGAAUGUAAACUAUGGCUGCUAAGCAUGAACAGAAAGGGAAAUGGUCGGUUUUUUGGCCGAAAAAGAGGUGAAAACAAGAAUAAAGGACCCCAGCGACAACGAAUACCGUUCUACAGACGAAAUAUUGGCAUAGCAGCUAGUCCAUUGCUGUUUAUUUUCGGUUUGAUUCGUCAACUUGCCUUUCAACUCUGGUUGGUGCUAACGUUGGUUGUAUGCAAGUCUCGAGAUUUGACUCGAGGACAGUGCUAUCGCCGUUUGAGAGCUGACGUCUCGGUGGACGCUGAAGCGGCUAUGACUUCACCAUCCAGGGCCAAGUCGCCCUCCCCCGCAGGACCUUCCCUGAGUCAGCAAAAACAUUAUCAUAGAAAAGCGUUUGAGUACAUUUCAAAGGCGCUAAAAAUAGACGAAGAAGAUGCAGGGAGGAAGGAUCAAGCGAUUGAGAUGUACAAGAAAGGCAUUGACGCUCUCCAGAAAGGCAUAGCUAUAGAGGUUGCCAAUGGCCAGGGUGACUCCUGGGACAAGGCCAGAAGACUACAGGAGAAGAUGAUCACUAAUCUAGUCAUGGCUAGGGACAGACUCGAGGUGUUAGAAAAAGCAUUACUCCUUUCUGUACAAGAAAAUAUUGUGUCCAAUACUGCUGAAAGAUUAGACCCCAACCCAAAUAUCCGUGAGCGUCGUCCAGUCUCCAGGGACACUGAUGUCCAAAGUGAUAGAGCAAAGCCCCCCUCCUUAUCAGGGGAGGUAACCAAGAGAAAAGGUUCUGAUCGCAGAGAGGAGGCAACAGUCAACAGCAAAGUUAACAAGCCUAUUAGACAGAAACCUAUGGCCAUUCACAAAAGCAAUUCCAUUCCCAGAACAAACCCAGGAGGACAGAACAAAAUCAACAGUCCAGCAGCAGCCAGAGAGUAUUAUAAACAGACACCAAGAUUAAACGCACCAGGAAAUAAAAAAAGACCAGAUUUGUCAAAGAUCAAAUUAAAGAAUGUGGACAAAAACAUAGCCGAGACAAUCCUAAAUGAGAUACUGGAUACAGGGCCUGCUGUCACAUUUAAAGAUAUUUCUGGACAAGAGGCAGCCAAAGAAGCCUUACAGGAAAUAGUCAUCCUACCAGCCCUAAGACCAGAGUUAUUUACAGGACUCAGAGCUCCUGCCCGUGGCCUCCUGUUGUUUGGUCCGCCAGGGAAUGGUAAAACUAUGCUGGCAAAAGCAGUUGCCAAUGAAUCCAAUGCAACAUUUUUCAAUAUUAGUGCCUCAAGCCUUACUUCAAAAUGGGUUGGUGAAGGAGAAAAACUUGUUAGAGCAAUGUUUAUUAUUGCAAAAGAGCUUCAGCCAUCAGUUGUGUUCAUGGAUGAGAUUGAUUCAUUAUUGUGUGAAAGAAGAGAAGGUGAAAAUGAUGCUAGUCGUAGAUUGAAGACAGAAUUUCUAGUGCAGUUUGAUGGGGUAUCUGGGAGUGCUGAUGACAAAGUACUUAUUAUGGGUGCAACUAAUAGACCUCAGGAACUUGAUAAUGCUGUUUUAAGGAGGUUUGCUAAAAGAGUUUAUGUAAAGAUGCCUGGAAAAGAGACGAGAAAAGAUAUGCUGAGUCAUCUUCUGUCCAAACAUGGCAAUCCCCUUUCUAGUCAGGAGUUAGACCACAUUGCACAAUUGACGGAGGGCUAUUCAGGUAGUGAUCUUAAUGCUUUGGCAAAGGAUGCAGCUCUUGGUCCUAUAAGAGAUUUAUCAACAAAAGAGGUGAAGACUGUGGAUGCAAAUCAAGUACGGAAUAUUACACAAAAGGAUUUUUUGGAGGCCCUCAAAAGAAUUCGACGAAGUGUCGCACCAGAAAGUUUACAUCAGUAUGAGACUUGGAAUUUAGAAUAUGGAGCUGUUGGUGUAUAAAGGGUGUAGGAAUUUAAUUUUUUUUAUAAUUUACAUUCCAGACUUGCAAUUUUUUCCAUUUCCAUUUGUAUCAUUUAAGUCAUAACUCAUGAGCUGUCUGUACUUGAAAAUCAGAAUUCAAGACUUUUUAAGGUACAUCAGUACCUUUCUAUGCAUUUGUAUAUUAUGUAUUAUGAAGUGCUUUAAUUUUUGUAAAUCAUGUUAAUGACAUCCUUUUUGAGAACUUACAAUUGUAAAAUAAGAUUGUCUUACAAGGGCAUUAACCGUAAUAACAAAUUUACCGAGACCUCAUUUGAUAAGUACAUGUAUAAAAAAACCAUUUGGUUCAGUAACACUACAUGCAUUCAUAUCGGUGUACACUUAAGUAAGAAUAUGGUUACAAGAAUUUUACUAAUUGUGUUUAUUUUAUAAUCCUUUACAAACUUGAAUGAGAAUGAAAAUAAAUUGCUUUCAAACCUAGUAACAAUGCAGAAACCAUGGACUAGAGAUAACAAGUUUGUCAAGAGUUUUUUGAAAUAUGAUCUCACACUUACAAGUGUGGCUUAAUAAAAAGUAGAUCAUAAGGCCAUCUUUAAAAUAAUAUUUACUUGCCCUCUCCCGACUGAAGGUGAAUUUAUUGGGUUGGUAAUGGUACAUGUAUAUAGGUGGGGAAUUUUUUUUUCCAGAAAAUUUCAACAUAUUUGUUGACUGGAUAAGAGGAAUAAAAAAAAGAAUAUUGUGUCUUGGAAUGGAAAAAAAAGUUUUGAGUUGAACUACCUGGUAUAUUUUGUCAGUCUGUCAGGAGAGGACAAUGAAACUUUUUUUUUAAGAUGGUCUGAAAAAUUUAAAUAAAAAUUGUUAUUUUAAGUAUUUUGCAGAAUUUUUGAAUUCAAUUUUUUAGCAAUAAUUGUGAAUAUAUAAAAUUCUUUAGAAUAUGUAUAGUGUGUCAAAUUCAGUUUAACAUGUAUUUUGGUUUUUAUGAAUUUAUCUCUUAUAUACACUUCCUAAUUUUUCAGAAUUCUGAACAUACAUGUAUAUAUAUCACUAUUAUCAGUGUACAAUAUGAAAGUAGGCUACUGCCAAACAGCUACUUAACAUCUAGUUCCUUGGUGUUGUCAUUUUAUUUCAAUUUGUAAAACCUCCAUUCAAGAAUUGCAUGUAUGAUGAUGUUUUGUGAAAUGCAUGACUGCUGAUAAUGGUAUUCUGUCAUUAAUUGUUUUAUUGACAGGAACAUUUAAAUUACUUGUUUCAUUUUGUUAUGAUUUUGAAGCAUUUAGAAUAAACUGUUAUAUGUUCUUAA